CGAAGCACAGAUUAGAACCAAAGUUGAAAAAUAGCUUAAUUUUUAGGUUACAAAAAUUAUUUCUGUUCCUUAAAAUUGCUAAAAAUACUGAAAAUUAGUAGUUCGGACCGCUAGUGACUUCAUGAACAGUUACAAUGGAGGAAAGCGUUCGGAAAACGGAAAGUUCGAACACAAAGUCUCAGUAUAGAGCGAUUAAACGUCGAUUUUGUAAUAUCCUUAUAUCUUCCAAGCCAUUCUGCUGCCUUUGCUUCGAUUCUGAUGCGGAACUGUUGUCAAUAGACGACUACGUAACCACGGACUGGGACUCUGCGUUCCUACCUACUUGGCGGUAUAUUUGGAGUGCAAUUUUCGUUCCGAAUAUGAACUUCAUGUCUAACUACUUGUGUAGCACAUGCAAAGAUAAAUCUUACUCAGCAUACAGUUUAAUAAUCAGCACACAGAAAUCAAUGAGUUGCCUGGAAGAUUUUGUCCAGCAGAUAAACUCCCAGAUAAACAAUAUCAAAGAUGCAGAUCUGGACGGAUGCCCUAACACAUGUCUGAUUUUGAAAGAGCCCAAUUAUCACAAACUUACAGAAGUUAAAGUAGAAGAAAAUCUACAUCAGUAUGAUGUAUUGAUUGAUAACAAUAUUGAUCAUGAAAGGCAUAAUGAGACUGAAGUUCAAAAGGGAAAUGAUGAAAUGUUGGAAGAACAUGAAGAAGUGUUUACUAUAUUUGAAAUUUUACCAAAAGAUGAAAAAAUAUUGAGUAAAAAGAAAAGAACAAAAAAACUUAAGAAGCCAAAGAAGAAAGGAAAAAUACCUACAAAGGAUUCUGACUACGAUUUCUACACUGAAAUAGAAUAUCUUGAUGAGGAUCUUUUCAAAGAAGAUAAUAAUAAAACAAAUACAGAAAUAAAAGAUGAGAUAACUGUUAAAACACACCAAAAAAAAUUAAAGGAUGAUGUAAAAAUUGAAAUUGAUAUACAUGAGAAUAGCAAAAGUAAGAAAAAGAUAAAAAGUUCCAAUUUAACAGUAGGACAGAAACCUCUCGGUGUAGUUAAGGGAAAAUUAAGGAAAAAUAAUGUAGAAAUCAAAACUGAACCAAGUGAAAACAGUAAGGGGGUAUACUUUUGUGACUAUUGUGGAAAAAGAUUCAACAGCAGACAUAACAUCAUAUUACAUCUAAAACAGAAUCACGAUAUCAGUAAACCUAAACUGAGAACCAAGUACACAUGCUGCGAAUGUGAUGAAGAACCGUGCAGACACGAAAAGUAUAUAAAAGCAUACCAUUCUCAGGUUCUUGCUGACAAAAAAACAAUUGAAUGCCCUGAUUGCGACUUUCGUUGCAUCAAGAUGUCCACCCUUGUUGGGCAUGCUAACAAGAAACACCUUAAACAUGUAUCAUUCACCUGUGAGUUUUGCAACAUGCUAUUGCAUUCUAAAGACGCUUACGACAACCACAUCUCAUAUUUUCACACCAAGCUGUUCUCGUGUAAAAUGUGUGACAAAAAAUUCAAACUGGAACACCGAAAGAUCAGCCACGAGAGGGAGUGUGAGAGAGAGAAAUUGAAAUGGGAGUUUAAAUGUGACGAGUGUCCCGCUGCGUUCCAAACUGAGAAAAAACUCAAAUAUCACAAGAUAAGACAUGUACAGCAGUUCCCUUGUGACCUCUGCGAGAGGGUUUUCUCCAUGCGGACCUUGCUAGCUCAGCACCUGACGUGGCACAAGCAAGGCGGUUUAGCCCGAAAAUGCACAUUCGCUUGCCCAUGCUGCGGGAAGGUAUUCAAGACCAGAAAAGAAAGAGACAAUCACAUGAACGAUCAUGGCCCGGAUGAGCCUUACAAAUGCUUUGUGUGCAAUGUCGAAUUAAAAACGUUUAAAGAGUUUGGCCUUCAUAUGAAUAAAUUCACACAUUUACGCAGAGUGAACCCCGGCAAAACUCACAAGCACAAGUGCGAAUAUUGUAACAAUUAUUCUACGACUAGAAGGGUGCAUCUAGAGGCGCACAUAAACAGGCAUCACCUGAAAAUAACCCCGUACUCCUGUACCAAAUGCCGAAAGAAAUUCCUCAGUUCAUAUCUGCUGGAAAAACAUGAGGAAACUCACAAGGAGAAGCCAGAUGAACUAAGAAAUCGUUUUCCGUGUGAAAUCUGUGGCAAGAGAUUCGUUUCAGGCGUGAAUGUGAAAGUGCAUAUGAGACAACAUACGGGUGAGAAGCCGUUUCAGUGUGAAAUAUGCGGCGAUAGAUUUGUGACUGCCAGUCGACGGAAGGUGCAUAUAGAUACGACACACAAAGACAGGGAUAUUUUCUGCCCUCUUUGUGAUUUCGCUGGCUCUAUUAUACCUCAACUUAGAAGCCAUAUAAAGAAUUUCCAUUGGGAUAAGAAAAGUGGGAAACAGUUUGACCAUAGAAAAGUGGUUGGUCUGACGCCUGAACAUUAUUAUUUGUUCACAGACAAUCGAUUUAUUCAUCAUAAACUUAAAGAAAGUAAGUAAAUCUACUGAAAAAGUGUGGUCCAAUCAAGGUAUAAUAUUAUAAGUAGUGUAAAGUAUCUGAUUUCUAAUAAAUAGUAUUUUCGAAAACA